AUGGCGGAGAGCUGGCUACGCCUCUCGGGUGCAGGGGCGGCGGAGGAGGCUGGGCCGGAGGGGGGCCUGGAGGAGCCCGACGCCCUGGAUGACAGCCUGACCAGCCUGCAGUGGCUGCAGGAAUUCUCCAUUCUCAACGCCAAGGCCCCCGCCCUGCCGCCGGGGGGCACCGACCCCCACGGCUACCACCAGGUGCCGGGCUCGGCCGCUCCGGGGUCCCCCCUGGCGGCCGAUCCCGCCUGCCUGGGGCAGCCGCACACUCCGGGUAAGCCCACGUCGUCGUGCACGUCGCGGAGCGCGCCCCCGGGGUUGCAGGCCCCGCCCCCCGACGACGUGGACUACGCCACCAACCCGAAUGUGAAGCCGCCUUACUCUUACGCCACGCUCAUCUGCAUGGCCAUGCAGGCCAGCAAGGCCACCAAGAUCACCCUGUCCGCCAUCUACAAGUGGAUCACGGACAACUUCUGCUACUUCCGCCACGCUGAUCCCACCUGGCAGAAUUCCAUCCGCCACAACCUGUCCCUGAACAAGUGCUUCAUCAAAGUGCCUCGGGAGAAGGACGAGCCGGGCAAGGGGGGCUUCUGGCGCAUCGACCCCCAGUACGCCGAGCGGCUGCUGAGCGGGGCCUUCAAGAAGCGGCGGCUGCCCCCAGUGCACAUCCACCCGGCCUUCGCCCGCCAGGCCUCGCAGGAGCCCAGCGCCGCCCCGUGGGCCGGGCCGCUGACCGUGAACACCGAGGCCCAGCAGCUGCUGCGGGAGUUCGAGGAGGCCACCGGGGAGGCGAGCUGGGCUGCGGGCGAGGGCAGGCUCGGCCAUAAGCGCAAACAGCCGCUGCCCAAACGGGUGGCCAAGGUCCCGCGGGCCCCCAGCACCCUGCUGCUGACCCAGGAGGAGCAGGGCGAGCUGGAGCCCCUCAAAGGCAACUUUGACUGGGAGGCCAUCUUCGAGGCCGGCACUCUGGGCGGCGAGCUGGGCGCGCUGGAGGCCCUGGAGCUGAGCCCGCCGCUGAGCCCCGCCUCGCACGGGGACGUGGACCUCACCGUCCCCGGCCACCACAUCGGCUGCCCCGCUACCUGGGGGCCUCCGGGGGAGCAGGCUGCCGACAGCCUGGACUUCGACGAGACCUUCCUGGCCACGUCCUUCCUGCAGCACCCCUGGGACGAGAGCGGCAGUGGCUGCCUGCCCCCGGAGCCCCUCUUUGAGGCCGGGGACGCCACCCUGGCCGCCGACCUGCAGGACUGGGCCAGUGUGGGCGCCUUCUUGUAAGAGGCCGGGCCCUGCCCCGCCUCCGGACAGUGGCCAAGUCAGGGCCCAGACUGCCCCCCAGCACAGGCCCCUGGACACCCUACCGCCCAGGCAGGGGCUGGGCCGGGUCUCCCGAGGCUGGCCCCAUGAGGCCGCACGGCCCCCAGCCCGGGCUGCCCUCAGAUUCCGGCCCAGGAGGCUGAGAACAGGGGAGGGGGGGGGGCCCAGGUCCAGAACAGCUGCCUCCCCAGCACCGCCCCCCCCAUACACACAGUGUUUCAUUCAUCCUCCUCUUGCCCACCCCGGGGUGGGCUCAGGGCCCUGCACUGUGGGAGCUGCACCCCAAGGGGCCCUGGCCAAGCUGGGGAGGGACAGUACAGGGCCCGCCCCAGGGCACCUCAGCUUCCACGCAUCUCCCUCUCCCGCUGUCCUCCCCAGGUCUCUAUCCAGAGAAAGGUCCCAGGUACAACAAAUGCUAA